UCCUAAGCAUUCUGAUUAGUUAGAAACCUGACUUGCAGUUUGCAGAGAGGAAAUAGGCUUUCCAGAAUGCUGUGAGAAUCUUAAGAUUUCCAACUGUUUUCUCUCCGUAUUGGUGGGGUUUUCUUUCUUGACUAGGUGAUUGGAUAAGGUGGGUGGGAUGAGGAGUUCUGGUGGAAAGCCCUUACCUAUCAACAAAGCAGGUCUUGAUAGGUCACUUUCUUUUGGUGCUAUCAGCAAGAAAUGGAACAGACUCCUGGUAGAUCACUUUUUAAAAUUUCUAGGAAGCAGGACUCAGAGGAGUCUACAAAACUAGUGUCUGGCUUGUAUGAAAAGACAGUCUGAUUACCCUCCUAGUGGCAUGAUUGGAAGAGUAUUGUUGCCACUUUUACUUGGUAGCAAAGGCACAGCAUAUAGUACUUGCCGUUCACAUAAUUUUCUUGUCGCCUGUUUGUUGCACAUACUGUGCAAGAUUUACACUUUGACACGUUGACUAAAUCUAUUCUCUACAAAUUUCCCUUGAGGAGUAGGCGCAGUGUUAUUGCUUGUAGUUCACAUUUCAGUGUGCUGUUAAGCGGGGAUGGUUCAGUGCUUCGGUAAGUACAGCUGAGGUUAAUGUUAAAAGUAGUCUUGUCUUUUGUCUCCUUUUAAAUAAAAUUCCUCAGUCCCACCUAUAUCUUUAAAUUGCAAAAGUUUUUUUGCAUUUCUUUAUCAAGUUGGAAAAAAAGAUGGGGGUUGGUAAUGUUUUUGUUAAUAGCUUGUGGUAAAUAUUAAAAGACUUCCAAAAGGUUAAACUGGAUACACUUUUGACUGCCAAUGAGAAUGAGGUUUUAACAGAACCAGAUUCCCCCAAGAAGAGCUUCUGUCAUUGUUUCACUACAGGGCCCUGUGGAUGCUCUUACCUGACAUAAAGAGUGGGCAGCAGAGUGGUUUACAGCGUCAUCAUCUUAGUCUGAAUAAUUCCAUUCAAGUGUUAGUUGCAAACUACAAGAAAGGAAAGAACAGAAUAGAGUGCAGUCUGUGCUGGAUUUGGGUGUGCAACAUGUGUGUAUCCUCCAUUGUCCAGUAAUCUCAGAAUCAGAAUAAAAAACUCUCUUAAUUUGCAUCAUUUGGUAUGCAAGAAGCAUUAUUUAAUAUUGCCCUCCUGACUAUGUUCGAACUAGAUAGCUGUCUCCACUGAAACAGCAGUGCUUUUGUUCAAAUAAAAUAAAUCCAAGCCCUCUUUUUGUGGGAGGUGGCACCUGGGGGAAAGAAUCGUUGCUUUGCCCUUUUGUGUUGAUAAGUAAAAUUCACACAUUUUUACAAACUUCCAUUCUCAUCUUACGGUGUUUGAAUACAAAGUGUAGGAAAUAGCAGAGUGCAAUUGCUGAUAUUCUUUGUGGUCAUUGUUCCUAAAAUGUAUGGUAUUGUGGUUUUUGGGUUUUUUUUUUGCAAGUUCCUUAUAUAUCCAAGUUUUCAAUAGUUGCUAAAAAUGCUUUCUGAAUUUUAUUUCUGGCAUUGUUUACAAAUCUAUUUUUGCCCUUCAUCUACCGUAGUUGAGACAUCUCACAUUUUCCUAAGCACUUUUAAGAUUCAACUUUUUUGUUUUUUUAAAGCAAGCUGUCUGUUGAGGUGGCUACUAAACAAAUGCACAUUCAGUUUGGUGCAAAGAAUUAUUGCCAUUCAUACAUUUGGACUUGGAUGAUGAUAUGCACGCAGUGUGGUAGCUCAGAAGUAGCUUUUCAUGUUGGAAGACCAGUCUGAGUUCUUCUUGCAGUGAAGUGCCAGUUGACUGCUCCUUUAGUUUUUGGCAAGGGUCUUGUGGGGUGGGCAAUGGGGGCUUGGAUGGGGGAGCCCUUUGAGGUAAGCCUCCCACUCUUCCAGGUCCGCUCCAGUUACAGCUUGCUUUGUGCUGUCCAAUGCUGGAUGUGGUUUGGGGGAAUCUUUCUCUGUAGUGGAACCAAUGACAGAAGCUGUUCUUUAGAAUUUCCAGGAUGGCUGUAUUCUGCGGUCAGAAUGAGACAGUCAAGCUGGGCAGAAUCCAACGCCAAGAUGAAAGGUAAGGUGACAUUUCUUUAAUGGGAAUGCUUAAGAGCCAGGCAACUACUCCCUUGAUAGUCUCAGGAGUACAGUAUUUUCCCAUGCCUCUGCUAGUUUUGGUAACUUAAAAUGCUGUUAUAUGUGGUAUUCUCUUCUUAGCUUUAACCAAAAGCAGUGUGUUAGGAUUGCAAAUGUUUUCUCUUUUCCCCUUUAAAUAUUUCUAAAACUAUUCUUCAAGUCUCUCUCUUUUUAAAAAAGAGUGAACAACAUCUGUUGCUUUUUCACUGGCGUUGCUCAUUCCCUCUGCCAGAAAAGUUAUUCUGAAUAAUUAGGAAAUAAUAUCUUGCUGAUACUGCACAUAUUCCCAUGGAGUAUUUUCUUCCUGAGCUGUGGUGGAUGAAGAAAGGUUGGCGGCGCUUGGCAGCAUGUUUUGGGGGAUUCUGGCUCAUGACGGGAGGGCUGUUGACCCUUCCAGUGACUCCGUUGCCUUUACAGGAUCAGAUGCUAGAAAAGGAGUAAAAACACCUUCUUGUUAAGUAACAGCAAACCAGCUGCAUAGCCAGUUGUUCCUCAGCCACCAAGAAUGUAGGACAGACCUAAUGAAGAAGAAAGCUGGCACAGCAUAACCUUGGAACCUUAUGUAGGAUUCUUUUUUCUUUAAUGGCCACUUUGGGAACACGAUGGACUUUCAGCUCUUAACAUGCACAUGUGAAAACUUACGGGGGAACUUAUGCUUAUACAACUGAGUUCUCAAUUGUAGCAUUCAGAGUUGACCGUCUCGGGAUUUACACAUUCAUUCUGCCUUCAUUUUAAAAAAAAUCUGUUGCUGGUUGCUGGGCUUUAGCAGGUAUUACCUUUGCGUUUGAAGCAGUGUACUACUGUUUUCCAUCCAUCCCUGUGUUGCACAGAAAUCUGAUUUGCAAAGCCUGGUUUAGUCAAGGGCGUGCCAUGGACUCUGGAAGCAUUCCCAAACUGCUUCCUUGGUUUCAGAUUUUUGAGGUGGGCAAAAGUACUUCUCAGCUCUGACUAAAGAACCUUAAGCUCCAGGAUCUAUAGGCCUCAUUGUUGGAAAAGCGCAGCUGGAAAGCUUUCCUGUAGUAAAGCUCUAUUAAGCCAAAUGUGAGAACCCACCUCAUCUCAGAAGACUUCCUGACUAUGAAUUUCAUUCUUCUUUGGACGUUGGGAACAAAUAUUGGUCCUGGUUUUUUCCUGUAUCAUUUAAUUUUUUUUGUGUAAGUGAAGCUGAACUUGAUUUUGUGUUGGAAGCCAGACUGUAUGUAGGAUUCAGGCGCUGUAUAACUUUUCCUUGUGCGUGUAGAUUGUAUGUUUUCCCCAGUGCCAUUCUUUUUUUGUACAGUGUUUGUGAGAUGUUACUUAUUUUAAGAUGAUGGUACUGCCUUAAAAAUAAUAAAUCAUAAUGCUGCUUCCCAUUUAUUAGUACUUAAUAUUGCUGAUGAACAUGAGUUAUUACCAUGCUGCUGUGUGCUUUUAGACAAGACACAUGGUGGAAAUAUGUCGGUUUGGGGCUGUUUUUCUCUUUCUGCAGGUGGUGUUUGAAAUAUGAUUCCAGAGGUAAAACUGUUUUUGUCUUUCAAGGCUGGGGGGAGGCCGGGGGGGCGAGGGUUAGGGGGAAAGGGUUGUGUUUUUCUUGUUUUAUCACUGGUGCCGCCUUCUUCUUUUUCUUUUUUUCCUGCUUGUCCUUUUCUUUACUAUUAAACUGCUGAUGUUUAUUUUCAGGAAUGUUUUGCAAAAUGUCCUUCUCACACUCUUCCCCAGUUCAACUGCGUUUGUUGUGAAACACCUCCUUGAAUACACACAGCAAAUGGAGCCCAACCUGCAGUAUGGCCUGUUGUUAGUGUUUGGCAUCUUAAUGACGGAAAUAGUGCGCUCCUGGUCCCUGGCUUUAACCUGGGCUUUAAAUUACCGCACGGGGGUCAGACUACGUGGAGCUGUCCUUACCAUGGCUUUUAAGAAAAUACUGAAGCUGAAAAACAUCAAGGAGAAAUCUAUGGGAGAGCUCAUAAAUGUAUGUUCCAAUGAUGGACAGAGAAUGUUUGAAGCUGCUGCUGUCGGUAGCUUGUUGGCCGGAGGGCCUGUCGUUGCCAUCCUUGGCAUGGUGUACAAUGUUAUUAUUCUGGGACCAACAGGCUUCUUGGGGUCAGCUAUCUUUAUCCUCUUCUACCCAGCAAUGAUGUUUGCAUCCCGCCUCACAGCUUAUUUUAGGAGAAAGUGUGUAGCUGUCACUGAUGAUCGUGUCCAGAAAAUGAAUGAAGUUCUUAACUACAUUAAGUUCAUUAAAAUGUACGCCUGGGUCAAAGCCUUCUCUCAAAAUGUUCAAAAAAUUAGAGAGGAGGAACGCAAAAUCUUGGAACGUGCUGGAUACUUCCAGAGCAUCACUGUAGGAGUGGCACCAAUAGUGGUGGUUAUCGCCAGCGUGGUUACAUUCUCUGUCCAUAUGAUCCUUGGCUAUGACCUCACAGCAGCCCAGGCUUUUACAGUGGUUACUGUGUUCAAUUCAAUGACUUUUGCUCUGAAAGUCACACCUUUUUCUGUGAAGUCUCUGUCUGAAGCAUCUGUGGCAGUUGAUAGAUUUAAGAGUUUGUUUCUAAUGGAAGAGGUUCAUAUGGUAAAGAAAAAACCAGCCAAUCCUCACACAGCCAUAGAGGUGAAAAAUGCCACCUUGGCAUGGGAAUCCUCCCAUGCUAGUGUCCAGAGCUCACCCAAGAUGACCCCUAAAAUGAAAAAAGACAAGGCGGCCAAGAGCAAGAAAGAGAAGAUGAAGCGGCAGCAGCACGAGGGACAGCAGGCGGUGCUCGCCGAGCAGAAGGGCCACCUCUUAGUGGACAGCGAUGACCCCCCAAGUCCUGAAGAAGAGAACAAACAGGUCCAGCUACCAGGUGUCCGCCUUCAGAGGGCUCUGUACAAUGUCGACCUUGAAAUCGAGAAGGGGAAACUUGUUGGCAUUUGUGGCAGCGUGGGGAGUGGGAAAACUUCGCUUAUUUCCGCCAUUUUAGGACAGAUGACUCUGUUGGAAGGCAGCAUUUCUGUGGAUGGAACAUUUGCGUAUGUGGCUCAACAAGCCUGGAUUCUCAAUGCUACGCUUAGAGACAAUAUCCUAUUUGGAAAGGAGUUUGAGGAAGAAAGAUACAACACUGUGCUGAAUGACUGCUGUCUCAGACCUGAUCUGGCUAUCCUACCAAACGGGGACAUGACAGAGAUUGGUGAGCGAGGUGCAAACCUGAGCGGGGGGCAGCGCCAGAGGAUCAGCCUUGCUCGAGCCCUGUACAGCGACAAGAGCAUUUAUAUCCUCGACGACCCCCUCAGUGCCUUGGAUGCCCAUGUUGGGAACCACAUCUUCAACAGUGCAAUACGGAAACAUCUGAAGUCGAAAACGGUUCUCUUUAUCACACACCAGCUACAGUACCUCGUGGACUGUGAUGAAGUGAUCUUCAUGAAAGAGGGUUGUAUCACCGAGAGGGGAAGCCACGAGGAUCUGAUGAAUCUGAAUGGUGACUAUGCAACCAUUUUUAACAAUCUGCAACUGGGAGAGACUCCACAUAUUGAGAUUAAUGUAAAGAAGGCAACAAAUAGUUCAUUGAAAAGGCAUCAAGAUAAAGGCACCAAAUCAGGAUCUGUGAAGAAAGAGAAGGUGGUCAAGAAGGAAGAAGGUCAGCUCAUGCAGCUGGAGGAUAAAGGCAAAGGCUCGGUCCCCUGGUCAGUUUACGGCAUCUAUAUCCAAGCCGCUGGAGGCCCUAUUGCUUUCAUCGUCAUCAUGACGCUGUUUAUACUGAAUGUGGGCAGCACUGCCUUCAGCAAUUGGUGGCUGAGUUACUGGAUCAAACAAGGCAGUGGGAACACUACUUUGAAUUUGGGAAAUGAAACAGUUGUAAGCGACAGCAUGAAGGAUCACCCUCAUAUGCGUUAUUAUGCCUCCAUCUAUGCGCUCUCGAUGGGUGUCAUGCUAAUUCUGAAGGCUGUGCGUGGGGUUGUCUUUGUUAAGGGGACAUUGCGGGCAUCUUCCAGACUCCAUGAUGAGCUAUUCCGACGUAUUCUUCGUAGUCCUAUGAAAUUUUUUGACACCACGCCUACAGGGAGGAUUCUUAAUAGGUUUUCCAAAGAUAUGGAUGAAGUUGAUGUCCGUCUGCCAUUUCAAGCUGAAAUGUUCAUACAGAACGUCAUCUUGGUGUUCUUCUGCGUGGGAGUGAUCUCUGGUGUCUUCCCGUGGUUCCUAAUGGCAGUUGGGCCCCUUGUCAUCCUUUUUACAAUCCUGCAUGUUGUAUCUAGAGUCUUCAUUCGAGAGCUGAAGCGCCUGGACAACAUCACACAGUCUCCAUUCCUUUCACACAUCACUUCGAGCAUACAAGGCCUCUCUACAAUCCAUGCCUACAAUAAAGGGCAGGAGUUCCUGCACAGAUACCAAGAGCUGCUAGAUGACAACCAAGCACCAUUCUACUUGUUCAGCUGUGCAAUGCGUUGGCUAGCUGUCAGACUGGAUAUUGUCAGCAUUGCCCUCAUUACAACCACUGGUUUAAUGAUUGUCUUAAUGCAUGGACAGAUCCCUUCUGCGUAUGCUGGCCUAGCGAUCUCCUAUGCCGUUCAGCUAACAGGCUUGUUCCAGUUCACGGUCAGGCUGGCUUCUGAGACAGAGGCCCGCUUCACCUCCGUGGAAAGGAUUGACCACUAUAUCAAGACACUUUCUCUGGAAGCUCCAGCUCGGAUUAAGAACAAGGCUCCUCCUCCAGACUGGCCUCAGGAAGGAGAGGUUAUCUUUGAAAAUGCAGAAAUGAGGUAUCGGGAGAACCUGCCGCUUGUCCUCAAGAAAGUCUGCUUCACUAUCAAACCCAAGGAGAAGAUUGGCAUUGUGGGGAGGACAGGGUCAGGAAAGUCCUCUCUGGGAAUGGCCCUCUUUCGUUUGGUUGAACUCUCAGGAGGCUGCAUUAAGAUUGAUGGAGUGAAAAUCAAUGACAUUGGCCUAGCAGAUCUCCGGAGCAAGCUUUCCAUAAUCCCCCAGGAGCCUGUGCUGUUCAGUGGUACAGUGAGAUCUAACUUGGAUCCUUUCACACAGUACAGUGAAGAGCAAAUCUGGGAUGCUUUGGAAAGGACCCACAUGAAGGACUGUAUUUCUCAGCUGCCCAUGAAACUUGAAUCUGAAGUAAUGGAAAAUGGCGAAAACUUCUCUGUUGGAGAGAGGCAGUUGCUUUGUGUAGCCAGAGCCUUGCUGCGUCGUUGUAAGAUCUUGAUCCUGGAUGAAGCAACAGCUGCCAUGGACACAGAGACCGAUCUGCUGAUCCAAGAAACCAUCAGAGAGGCUUUUGCAGACUGUACAAUGCUGACAAUUGCGCACCGCCUUCAUACGGUCCUGGGCUCUGAUCGGAUUAUGGUACUGAUGCAAGGCCAGGUGGUGGAAUUUGAUACUCCAUCUGCUCUUCUGUCCAAUGAGAACUCCCGCUUCUACGCCAUGUUUGCUGCUGCAGAAAAUAAGAUUGCUGUCAAGGGCUAAAAUUCAGGGCACCGUCGCUUUAACCUGGAGGCUGAUGCUCUCUGCCUGUGGCAGGUACCACCGCCUCCUCCGCCUCCUCUCCUCCGCCAGCUCCAUGUUUUCCAAACAGAGUACUGCCUUUUCUUCUUUUAAUUUUCAGCAUUGUGCGUCAAAACUGAGUUCUUUCGAAACAAAAGUACUGUAAGGAGGAUUCUUCUGUUGUUUUUAAUUAUGGUAUUUAUUCCAUACUCUUCUUACUAAUUUUUUGCUAUUAAAUGCACUCUACAAAUUGGCUCAGGGAGCCAUGAUUAUAAAUGUAUCAAGAGGCCUAUAUUGAAGCUUUAUAUACAUGUAGCUAUAUCUAUACAGAAUUCUGUACAUAGCCUAUAUUUACAGUGGAAAUGUAAGCUGUUUAUUUUAUAUUAAAAUAAGCACUGUGUCGAUGGCAGUGCAUAUUCUUUUUCUAUCAUUUUUGUACAGUUUUAUGGUACUGGGGAUCUGGCUUGUGCCAGGCUGCACCGGGCACCGUUUUGUCUCUUGUGGCUGGGUUUCUCCAGAUCACCGGAUGGAAGUGGAACUUGGCCACAGUGUCCUGCUUCUCCUGAACUGGCUCCGGUUGUGGAUUCCGAUUAUGUGAUAUAGUUGCAUCGUAACUGUCGAACUCUGUGGCACACUGCUAGGGCGCAUCGAAGUAGCAGACGCGAUUUCCCACGAUUUCCUAGCUCCUGAUGGGGUUUAUUUCUAUUUUCCUUUGCAGUAGGGGAAGAACCACACCUUUCUCUCAGGUAUCUUAACAAACAAGGUCAUUGUGAGUCACUCCAGUGCAAUAAAAGGGAAUGUUAGGACAUUCUCCAUCCGUCGAGUUUGGUUUAUAUUUUAUAGAAAGGACAGUCAGGCUCCUUCUGCUGAACAAACACUCUUGCUCAGAAUUACAGUCGACCCUCUUCCUUUGUGGCUUUGGUUAUUUGUGGGUUUCAGUGAUACGUCCUAGGAAUCUCUAGGUCCUCCAGUUCAACUCUGCUGGAAGUUGACCAUGGAGUUGCACUGGAGGACCUAGAGAAAACACUUCUCUAGGCAUUUGUAGGCCCUUCAGCGUGAUUCUAUGGUCAUGUUUUGGCAGUUGCUGACCAUAGAUUUGUUCUGGAGUACCUUGGGAAUUUGGGUUUUUUUAUUUGCAGUUUUCCCACUUUGAUGGGGGCCCUGUGCCCCUGACCCCAGCAAAUGUGGAGGGCCCACUGUAUUGAUUGAUUGAUUGAUUGAUUGAUUAUGUUGUUAGCCGCCACUUUGGGAGAAAGGCGGGAUAAAAAUAAACCAAGUUGGAAUUAAUCAUUGAACUCCAGCAAUGAACCUUCAGGCUUGGGACCACGGUGCUGCUUUGCAAGCAUUUUCUCAUUGCCUCUGCUGAAUUACUGGCUUAGAGAUACUAAUGCUUCGUUUGGAAAGCUCUUUCAGAUACUUUGAAUAAUUGUAACAAUUAACAGUUUACAUUACUCGAGAUGUGCAAAAACUUUCUUUCCUGGAUCUUUGUUACUAAAAGUACUUUCCGCCCCCCAUGUCCCCAUCUGCAGUUUUUAGCAGGCUCCCUGCUGAUCAGGGUUUGACUCUGGCGCAGGAAGUUUUAUUUUCUUCCUGCAAAGAGACCUACCUCAGGUUGCUGAGUCCUGUGUGGGACGUGGUUAACAUGGUGACUGUUGUGCCGUCCCUGUUGUAUGGGGCCAGUAGCCCCAGUGGGCACCGUCAACCCUGUAGUAAUUGCUGUUAUUCAUUGCAUGUGGGUUUAUUUUUAUUUCGUUCUUACUUUAUUUUUUGUCCAUCUGGACUUUCAUAGCCUUAGCAUGUUUGCUAAUUGUCUCGUCAGGACAAACAUCUGGAAAAAGUGAAUAAAACACUAUUUUGGCUUUUGUAAA